GGAAAGCGUAGAAGGACCGCAACGUGCUCUUCGGUGCUUCAGACUUGGACAGCCGUAUCCUGGUGGGACAGCAAAAUAUACAGAGUCAGUCUCAUGCGUGUGGCGACGCCGAUAGUUAGCGUUCUCGUUCAAUCGUCCGACAUCGCCUCGAGAUAGCGAUCGCCGGUUAACCACGAUUUUUCCGCGUGAAUUUCCCGAGGCAGAAAGUUUUCCGUGAAAAAUUCGAGAAAAGUUUAUCGGUGAAUAUUUUGGGAAAAAAAGGGGUUUCGUGAAAAUUAUUUCGGGAAAAACGGCGAUCGAGGCUGUGCUGACUCCACGAGACUUUUCGAACUGAUCGUCUACUUGGGGACCGGAUGAUUGGCUGAAGCAAUCUUUUUGUCGGUUUUGAAACAUGUUAUCGAGGAACACUACUAACAGAAAAAGUUAUUAUUGGGACUUUAUAAACCAUGUUAUUUCGUGAAUUCGACAUAAUUUGAGGUGCAGAGAAGAUACCACUUGUCUCGAAAGAUAUUUUGGUGAUAUUUCGUUCUGCUUUCGGUAUGACGAAGUUCGUGAAACGGUUCAGAUCAGUUAUGGCUUGUGUCGCGAUUUUGGUUCUGGCAGCUGUCAUCGUGAUGGUUUGGGUGCAAUUCAGCCAGGGGGCGUUCAGGAACAAGAGACAGUACGAAGAGGUGAAUGUGACUAACACCAUGGGACAGCAAGAAACUACCAGAAUUUUCAACACCACGAAACAUAAAGAAUUCAUUGAGAAGACACAUUUGGAAGAUAUAGAGGCAGAUACUCUGGAGUUUGUCAAGCCUUUGAAAAUAAGUCCGUCCUCUAAUGAAACCGAGCAGUUGACACUUGAAAAGCCAAUUUUGAGACACCAACAUAGCAGCCAUUUCAGACACAAGCAAGCGGAAAUUUGGGACCUACACCCCCAAUACGAGAUCGAGGCUUUUGGACAAAAACUGAUACUCGAUUUGGAUUAUAAUGACAAAUUUGUUGCUCCGAACCUGCAUAUUGUUACACAUUUUCGAGACACAGAGAAGGUCAGGCACGAUCCCAGACUGUCUGGAUGUUUCUACACGGGAAAAAUCAGAGGAGAUAACGAUUCCAGCGUAGCAGUUUCCCUUUGUAACGGAAUGACUGGAUAUAUUCGAACGCAUGACAGCAGCUACUACAUAGAACCUGCAGAGACAUUCACCACUGGCAGCUUGAUCCAUCGCAUGAAAAGAUUACCCCAUCCCACGAAAGAUUCCAAUGAUGUGAAUGCGGGAUCAAUGGAGUUUUAUGAAAACAGUGAAAACGUUACCAUCAUCGAGGACGACUUCUACCAAGCCACCGCGCAGAUCCCCAAGGGUCACGUGAUCAAUAAAAGGGACGCCCCGAACCUAGUGCUGGGUACCUGCGACGCCGUCGAAGAAACGGUCUGGAGAACACCCGAGGAGUGGCAGCCCCAUGGGGAACGUGAAACGCCCCAGGGGUGGCAGACCCAUGGGGAACGAAAGACCCAUGGGGAACGGAAAACGCCCGAGGAGUUUUCCAGGGUACCGCGCAACGCUGAAUGGAAAAGCGUAUACAGGAUGUCCGACGAGUCCUUCGUCAAGGUGCUCGUGGUGGCUGAUAAGAGUAUGGUCAAGUACCAUUUGAACGAUGAUGAUCUGACGCACUAUAUUCUGACGUUGAUGUCCCAUGUUUCUUUUUUGUUCAAAGACGAAUCGAUAGGCAACCCUAUAUCCGUGUCGGUGGUGCAGAUCAGAGUGUUGAGUCACGACGAUUUUUCCAACACGAAUUCAUCAGGUAUGCUGCUCAAAUUCUGCAACUGGACGAAGCACAACAUCCGCGAUAGGGCGCACAAUGUCGCUGUUCUGCUGACCAGGGACAACAUUUGCCGAAACGAGUCUGUUCAACAGCAAUGCACCACCCUCGGAGUUGCCGAGGUCGAUUCCAUGUGUCAGUCGGGGUGUGCGAUCGUCAAGGACAAAGGGCUGGCUUCUUCGUAUACUAUAGCUCACGAACUGGGGCAUAUUUUGAGUAUGCCUCAUGAUGAAGAUAAAAAAUGCAAGCAGCUCAACAGAGGCAUCAGUAUAACGAAUAUAAUGAGCAAAGUGAUUGAGAAAGAUACGAAACCGUUCACAUGGUCUCCUUGUUCGAAAUAUUUUGUAACUGAAUUUUUGGAUUCGGACAGAGCUACUUGCGUAAAAAGACCACCCAUCAAUAACUACAUCAUUAACACUUACACGGAACUGCUGCCAGGAGACAAAUUCGAUUUGGACGCCCAAUGUGAACUCGAGUUCGGUCCUGGAUGCAAAGUUUGCUUGACAGGUAUACCAUGCGAGCAUUUGUACUGCACCACAAACAAUACAGAAUUCCCAUGUACCUCGACUUUCUCUCCUUGGGCUGAUGGAACAAAAUGUGGAAAUGACAGAGUGUGUUUCAAUGGUGAAUGCAGACUAGAGCAGGACUAUAUUCCAGUAGAUGGUGGUUGGGGACCAUGGCACGGAUACGGGUCGUGUAGUCGAACAUGUGGAGGGGGUAUAAAGGUGUCUCAAAGGUACUGUGACAGUCCAAAACCUAUGAACGGGGGCUCUUACUGCAUCGGACAGAAUCUCAGAUACGAGUCGUGUAAUACGGAAGAUUGUGAUGCUGGAGCAUUAGAAUACAGGGCGAAGCAGUGUGAGGAAUUCAACGGAAAUAACAAGGAUUUUCCAAAUCUCCCCUACGGUGUCCAGUGGUACCCAGAAUAUGAUUUAGACCGAUCCGAAGACCAUUGCAGGUUGUACUGCCUGCCGAACAGGACGAAGCCGAGCUACCGGCUCAAGGACAAAGUGUCGGACGGCACCAAGUGCGGCCCUUCGGGGUACGGCAUUUGCGUUAGCGGCGUUUGCAAGCCGGGCGGCUGCGACAACGUGCUCGAUUCCCAGGUGGUGUUAGACGAUUGCGGUAUCUGCGGGGGAGACAACAGUCGCUGUCAGGAGAUAAGCGGCAACUACAACAAGCCGGCAGACACAUCGGGCUACAAUCGGGUGGUUAGGAUACCGAAGGGCAGCUCCAAUCUCAACAUCACCCAGGAUUCCCAUCCUUACGUCGACGAGAAUUAUCUUGUUCUGAUUGAUGGGGAAACCGGCGAUCCUCUACUCAACGGCAACUAUAUGGCCAACACGGACGGCCUCGACGUGAAAUUCGGCAACGUCGACAUCAAGUACAGCGGUGCAAGCGCCACCGUCGAAUGGAUAACCAGUCCGAAGAACAGGAAACUGCCUAGAGAUUUGGUCAUCAGCGUUCUAUCGGUGGGGAAAUUGUCUGCGCCAAACAUUCGGUACAGAUACGUCAUUGAUAUCAAGGAGGCGCCUAGUUAUGGAUGGAGGUUGUAUCAGAAAGAGUGGUCGAAAUGCAAUUCGAUUUGCGAGGGCAAGCAAUACAGAAAACCGGUUUGCGUGGAACUGAUCAACGGCAAGGAAGUCAACAAGGGCUACUGUGACAACAUGGAGGACAGCGUCACGCAAAAACAGGAAUGCAACGCCCACUGUGAACUGACGUGGAAUAUUGCUUCUAAAAGCGCGUGUACACCUCAAUGCGGCAAAGGUAUUCGAAGAAUAUACUACAACUGCAUGAAGGUGUAUAAAAAGAAACCGAACCGCAGUGAAAUCGUCAAUGAAAAACACUGCACGAUAUUGGCAACACCACCAGCUUUGGAGACCUGCAAUACCGUGUGUAACUCCACUAGAUGGCAUUAUUCAUCUUGGACAGAGUGCAGUAAAACAUGUGGAGGUGGCACACAAAGAAGAACGGCAAAAUGUGUCGAUGAUAGUUAUACACCUAUAGACGAUUCUUACUGCAACAACAGUGAGAUGAUCACCGAACAGAUAUGUAACACGGAGAAUUGUCCUGUUUGGACCUUGGCAGACACGUCAUCUUGUUCUGCACCGUGUGGUGGUGGCUACAAGAACCUAACCUAUUAUUGCGUGCUGGACGGCAGAAUCUACGACAACAACGCUUGCGACGUCACAACCAAACCAGCCGAAAGAGAAGCUUGUAACGACCAAGCUUGCGGUAGAUGGGCCUCGAUCAAUGCGUACCACCCCUGUUCUGUCACUUGCGGAGAAGGAAUAGAAAGGAGACAGUUCGUUUGCAAAAAGUUCGAUUCAGAAGAAGUGUUGGACAACAACUACUGUCGCGGUCAGCGCGUGCCCAACGAGAGCAGAGUGUGCUACAGAAAUGAAUGUGACCCGGCAUCUUAUGAAAGAAGAAACAACCCUAGGGAUGACUUCGACAAUUUCAUCAUACCACAACCUUACAGACGUUAUAAAACUUACAAAUGGGUUCCUGGAGAUUGGUCAGCUUGUUCUCAAAGUUGUGGUGAUGGAGGCAGAAGCAAACAGCUGUUCCGAUGUGUGAAUGAAAUCGGGAAUGAAAACGAUCUGAUGUGUGACACCAACCAAAGGCCGAACAAUGUGGUGAAAUGUAACAUUUUUCCUUGUCCCAAGUGGACGACAGGUGACUGGAGUCCCAGCUGCGAUUCCAGCUGUGAAAGACUUCGACAAGUCAUAUGCAUUGACAACUCAGGCAGAGUGGUAAGUGACAGCAGCUGUGACGAAACCCGCAGACCGGAAGCAACGACAAAAUGCAAACUAACAGAGUGUCCUCAUAUAUCCAACGCGGUUCCGAAAGGCUACUUUGACUCAUCGGAGACAGGAAAACGUUACAGAUGGAAACUCGGACCUUGGAAACAGUGUUCCAAUUCUUGCGGAAAAGGCACUAGGAGGCGCCAUAUUGAAUGCGAGGACGCUCUGAAUGAAAUAACGGUCGUCGAUUCGUACUGUAGGAAUUUGAAAAAACCUAAAGUGACGAAGAAUUGUGAGAAGUUUGCCUGCUCGUAUGCCUGGGUAGAGAGUUAUUGGUCAGCCUGUUCGGCUUCUUGUGGAACGGGAGUGAAAAAACGAAACGUCACCUGUCACAAAGUACAUAAAGGUGGCCUCGUAGACGCCACACCGUUGCCGGAUCUAUACCAGAACAGAAUCCAUCAUCAGAAUUACUGUUCUGUUUAUAAUAAACCACCCAACACUGCCAAAUGCAUUCUGAGCCAUUGCGGAGACGAAUUCAUCUGGCAACCUGAACCAUGGAAAGAGUGUUCCCACAAAUGCGGCAGAAAAGGCAGGCAGAUCCGCGUCCUCAAUUGCGCAAGCGUCAGAACGUCACAGAAAGUGCCGCGUCAUUAUUGCCCACGCAACCUACGACCGCCGAGAAAGCGCAAGUGCAACCAAUGGCGAUGCAAGCCGCUGCCGCAGCGCCAUCUGGACCAAGCCGACCACCAACGCGGGUCUGUCUCGGGGCUGUACGAGAGCUGCAAGGAGAUCAAGCUGCGCACGCGCACAAAAGUGAACAAGGAUUACGUGAUAGCGACGCGCGGCAGGUCGGUGAAGGUUUACUGCUACAAAAUGGACACGGCGGAACCGUUGGAGUACAUCAGUUUGCAUCCGGACAAGUACAAUUUCGCGGAAAUAUAUGAUCGAAGGCUGAUGGACAUCAGAACGUGUCCACACAACGGCCAAAGAAGGGACAAUUGCGAUUGUGACCAAAUUGGACCUGACAGAUCUGGAUUCACGAAGUUCUGGAAGGUCAGAGUGAACGUCACUUCCAUGCUGAUUAUAGGAGACGACUUUACGUUUUCGAAACAGCUCAAAGGGAUUCGAGUGCCUUUCGGGACGGCGGGAGAUUGCUACAGUUCCGUGCAAGGUUGUGCUCAGGGAAGAUUCGAGGUCGAUCUGAGUCACACCUCUUUCAAAUUGGCGAGCAACGUUCGGUGGAAAACAGUAGGGCCUAACGCGUCAGCGGACAUUAGGAAAACGGAAACUUCUGCAUCUGGUAAAUGUGGAGGUUAUUGUGGAAAUUGUCUGCCUGAUCCUAAUAUAGGAUUGGCUGUUGAAAUAACCUAA